AUCUAUCUCUGUACCAGUGUCUGACCUCUCUACACUUACAAAAGCUCAAUGAACCAUAAAUGAUAAAACCCAUCUACACUCAUCUCUCUAAAGUCUAGAUAUCCAAUCCCUUGGGUAAAAAUCAUAACCAGACCUGCAAAACAACAGAAAAAAGAUUUAAAACUUUCAUACUUCUCUCUUAAAAGUCUAAUGUCCUAAUGUCUCCUGCUCUACUGCUCUACUGCUCUACUGAUCUACUGUCCUAAUGUCUACUGCUCUACUGUUCUACUGUUCUACUGCUCUACUGCUCUGCUGUUCUACUGCUGUGCUCUUAUUAUUGUUAUUACCAUAAUUGCUCUUUGUGCCUCAAGAAGUUCUUCUUAUGUGCUACAGCCCACAAGAGCACUUGGAUUUCUGCACUCUGCUCCUUCCCAUCCCUCUGCUUAUCUAUAAACAUAUGAAGGCCAGUCUGAAUCCAUUCUUUGUGUUCUCAAUAUGUUUCAGAGGGUUUGAAUUCCUCCUCUUUUCCAUUUUCUUUCUUCUUGCUCUCAAUCUUUCUGCUUCUUCCUCUCAAUUCUAUUCAUGGUAUCUACAAUUAGUUUAAGGUUUCUGAGUUUUGUUUCCUUUUACUAUAUAUGGAUAAUCUGUUGCAGACUUAUGAAAAUUCGCUAUGCUUCUUGCUCUCAAUCAUGAAAUCCAUUGUUUUAUUCUGGUUUUGUCUGUUUCCUACUUUCAUGGCCAGUUUCCAAAACUUCCAUUCUUGUUCCUGACUGAGACACUACACUGGGUUCAUUUUAGUAUUUCUUUUGUUGGGCUCUUUUUCUCUGGCUUAGAUCAACCAUGAAGAGGUUCACCAUUAACGUUGGAGCUCUUUCUCUUCUUUUUCUCCUACUUGUCUUGAAGGUUUCCUGCUUAGGUGGCGAAGAAGAGACUUCUGUGGCUCUUAUGGAGAAAACAGAGCAAGAAGCUCUGUAUUCGGCCAUACAAGGCUUCGUGGGGAGCUGGUGGAAUGGCUCAGAGCUCUAUCCUGACCCUUGUGGUUGGACACCAAUACAGGGUGUCUCUUGUGAUUUCUUUGAUAGCUUUUGGUAUGUCACUGGCAUCAAUAUUGGACCUGUCCAUGAAAACUCUCUCAGAUGCACAAUGAAUGUUGAGUUCAGCCCAUACCUGUUUGAGCUCAAGCACCUCAGAAGUCUCUCUUUCUUCAAUUGCUUCGUCUCUCCUCGUCAACGCCCAAUUUCGAUUCCUACUCAGAAUUGGGAGAAACUGGCUGAAGGCUUAGAAUCGCUAGAAUUCCGAUUAAACCCAGGUCUCAUAGGACAGAUUCCAGCGAUCUUCGGCAACCUCACCAAGCUUCAAUCUCUUGUGCUACUUGAGAAUCGAUUAAGUGGUGAAUUACCGAUGAAUCUCGGUAAUUUGAUUCGCCUAAGGAGACUAAUCCUCGCUGGAAACCAAUUGUCGGGUCGAAUUCCUGAUUGUUUGGGUGGAUUGACUGAGCUGCUAAUCUUUGAUUCAAGCAGGAAUUCUGUGUCUGGUACUUUACCUUUGACAUUUGGAGGGUUGAACUCACUCCUAAAGCUUGAUUUGAGUGACAAUCUUUUGGAAGGAAAGCUUCCAGAGGAGCUUGGGAAUCUAAAAAAUCUUACUUUGUUGGAUCUUAGUAGUAACAAGUUUUCAGGUGGAUUGACUCAGUCACUUCAAGAGAUGGUCUCCUUAGAAGAGUUGGUGUUAUCAAACAACCCAAUAGGGGGAGACCUCAUGGAUAUUGUGUGGGGAAAUCUGCAGAACUUGAUCGUUCUAGACGUCUCUAACAUGGGCUUGGUAGGACAGAUUCCAGAAACUAUGGCAGAGCUCAAGAGAUUGAGAUUUCUGGGUCUGAACAACAACAAUCUUUCAGGAAACAUCUCUCCAAAGUUUGAAGCUAUGCCUUGUUUGAGUACUCUCUAUCUGAAUGGAAACAAUCUGACAGGAGAACUAAAAUUCUCUGAAUGGUUUUAUGGGAAAAUGAGGAGGCGUUUUGGAGCUUGGAAGAACCCAAAUGUCUGCUACCCACUUAAGUUGAUGUUAACAGGGAAUGUUCCUUAUGGAGUAAAACCUUGUCAGCUGGAGGUUAGAAUACCUGAUACUGAUUGAAAAAACUUAGCUUGGUGAUGGGGAUCUGGACCUGAUUUACCUUAUUUGUAGCUUCAUUGGGAUCUUAAAGCUGUGUUGUUAAUGGGUUUUGGGGAGUUUUAUGGUCAAGAAAUAUUAAUUCCUCUCCUUUGGCAUCUGUUCUUAAAAGGUCAUGGAAGAUGUUUUUGAUUCCUCUCUUCUGUUAAUCAAACUUGAAAUGAAAUAGCAAUUUGUAACCCACAAUGUUACCUUGUUUAUACUUAAUGUCCAUUUCCUGUUCUAUAUACAUUAA